UAUCCCCUCUGCUCCUCCCUCCCUCCCUCCCUCUCGCGCCGCCGCCGCCGCCGCUAGGGUUUCUCCCCCUAGACGCCUCGCCCGCCGCGCGGAGACCCCAUCCUCCCGAAGCUUCGGGGGCGGACUCUCCGGAGGAGCCAUGAGCGACGGCAAGGACUCCCUCGACCUCUCUGGCCUCGGCGCCGCCGUCCCCAACGCCAAAGAGCUCAGCGCGGAGGACAAGGCCCAUCUCGUGGAGUCGAUUAAGAACACGCUGCAGGGAUUGGCGGCGCGGCACACGGAUGUGCUCGAGAGCCUCGAGCCCAAGGUCAGGAAGCGCGUCGAAGUGCUCAGGGAGAUCCAGAGCCAACAUGAUGAUCUCGAGGCGAAGUUUUUUGAGGAGAGAGCCGCACUUGAAGCUAAAUAUCAGAAGAUGUAUGAGCCGUUGUACUCUAAGCGAUAUGAAAUUGUGAAUGGUGUGGUUGAGGUAGACGGUGUCACCAAAGAAAGUGCAGAUGAAACUCCUGCGGAUAAGAAAGAGGAAACGGGUGUACCUGAGUUCUGGCUUAAUGCCAUGAAGAACCAUGAAAUCCUUUCCGAGGAGAUCCAGGAGAGGGAUGAGGAAGCUCUUAAGUACCUCAAGGACAUCAAAUGGCACAGGAUUAGUGAGCCAAAGGGUUUCAAGCUUGAGUUUUACUUUGAUACUAAUCCGAUCUUCAAGAACUCAGUGCUUACCAAAACAUACCACAUGAUUGAUGAAGAUGAACCAAUCCUGGAGAAAGCCAUUGGUACUGAAAUCGAAUGGUUCCCGGGGAGGUGCUUGACACAAAAGGUGCUCAAGAAGAAACCAAAGAAGGGCUCAAAGAACACUAAACCUAUCACAAAAACUGAAAACUGUGAGAGCUUUUUUAAUUUCUUCAGUCCACCUCAAGUUCCUGAUGAUGAGGAGGAAAUUGAUGAGGAUACAGCUGAACAGUUGCAGAACCAAAUGGAACAAGAUUAUGACAUUGGAUCUACCAUUAGAGACAAGAUUAUUCCACAUGCUGUUUCAUGGUUCACUGGAGAAGCUGCUCAAGAUGAGGACCUUGAAGGAAUUAUGGAUGAUGAAGAUGAUGAUGAUGAAGAUGACGACGAUGAUGAAGAUGAGGAUGACGAGGAUGAUGAAGACGAAGAGGAUGAAAAGAAGGGAGGACGGGUUCCUGCAGGUGAAGGGCAGCAGGGCGAGCGGCCUGCAGAAUGCAAGCAACAGUGAGAUGCUUCCUACCUGAGCGUUUCCAAGUCUGGUCAUGGAGUGAAGAUUGUUUGGUUCUGCUUGAUGCAAUGUCGUUCAUUUGGUUUUGGAGAGCCAGUGAAGUGGGGGGAUUGAGUUGGUUUAGUGGAACUGGCGGGAUUUUUUGGGGACAUGGUAUUAUAUGGUAUUAUAUGUUUGGUAGCUUUUCCGUUGUUGUAUUGGGUCGACAUAUCUUGUGCGAAGCUUAUGGUUGAGUGAUGAACAUCGCCAGUUUAGUAUUAUCAUAUUGCCAAUACCACUGGCCUAGUCUAGUUUUUCUUUUCACUGGUGCUGAGAAAUUUUGACCCAGGGGAGGCAA